AUGAGUGUUCAAUUAUAUCUUGUCACCUACAAUGUUCUCCAAAUUUUGGGAUGGUCAGUCGUGCUGGUGAAAACAGUCCUUGGUCUUCUCAAUGGACUCACAUGGCCACAGCUCUACGAGUCAGUGGAAUUCGAGCUGAAGAUUUUCCAGACCGCUGCUAUUCUUGAGGUAAUCCACGCCGUCAUCGGACUCGUUCGUUCCCCAGUUGGAACAACAGCAAUGCAAGUUACCUCUCGCGUUGUCCUUGUAUGGCCAAUUCUUCAUUUGUGCUCAACAGCUCGAUACAGCGUUGGAGUUCCACUUCUUCUCGUCGCCUGGUCUGUUACCGAAGUGAUCCGAUACUCGUUCUAUGCUCUCAGCGUCCUGAAGCAACCAAUCCCUUACUUCCUCCUCUGGCUUAGAUACACUCUCUUCUACGUUCUUUACCCAAUGGGAGUCUCUGGAGAGCUUCUCACUUUGUUCGCGUCGUUGAAGGAAGUUGACGAGAAGAAGAUUCUCACUCUCGAAAUGCCAAACCGCCUCAAUAUGGGAAUCUCCUUCUGGUGGGUACUCAUCAUCGCCGCUCUCACCUACAUUCCUGGAUUCCCACAACUCUACUUCUACAUGAUUGGACAGAGAAAGAAGGUGCUCGGAGGAGGAAACAAGAAGAAACAAUAA